GACCUUCGUCAAAUCCUGAGCGAAGACCCAUUGCUCUCCUCUUCCUCCUCUACCACUACUUCCCACAUUUUUCCCACAGACACUCUCACUCCCCGCGCGUGGGCUCACUCUCUCUACCCGGAAAGAACUGGCUAACACUGGCGGGGAAGCUCUGGAGGAAGGAGAAAGGGUGGUCCGCACCCUAUACGAGGCCCUACGGUCGCAGGACGUAGCCACCGUGCAGCGGAUCCUCGCCCCCGACCUCGAGUGGUGGUUCCACGGCCCGCCCUCCCACCAGUUCUUGAUGCGCCUCCUCACCGGGUCCUCAUCGACCGAGAGCUUCGAGUUCGUCCCCGACUCCAUCACCUCCUUCGGGUCCACCAUCCUCUCCGAGGGCUGCGAUCCUAGCCGCUCGAUAUCCUGGGUCCACGCCUGGACGGUCUCCGAUGGGAUAAUCACACAGGUGAGGGAGUACUUCAACACGUCCCUUACAGUGACAAGGUUCGGCGAGGCCUCAAAGUCGAGCCGCUCAUCGUCCUCACCAUCGGAAUUCGCAGCGUCUUCGGCUUCCUCGACGGCCGGGAUCAAAUCCGUGGCAUCUCUCCGCAAGUGCCCGUCCGUGUGGGAGAGCAGCCUAUCGGACCGGGUCGGGAAGUCCGUGCCCGGUCUAGUCCUGGCGAUAUAAUCGUCUCCGGCCGACGCUUCUACAAUAGUAUUGAAUAAAUCCUGCUUGCGUGGCGGGUCGUGAUUGGUUCCUGCUCCUGCUGCUGCAUGGGCUGACGUGUUCUCUCUUUUUUUUUUGGGGGUCGUUGUUAAGUGUGUGCUUUUUUGUUUGGUUGCGGGGACGGAGCUAUCCGUGAUGUGGAUAGGUGUGGCGUCCAGUCCGGAUUUAUUUGUCCUUGUCCUUGUGUGGAGCCGCCUCUGGGCGACAAUGGUAAUAAAAUCAUGCACCCAUCAGUGCCUUCUUAUGAGUA